UCCAGCACAACAGCUCCAACGGCACACUGCAAGUAUGGCCGGGGACAGCGAGACACAUCUAAGGGACCGUGGCGAUAACGGCACCAUCAUUCGACAACCUUUUCUCAUCGGUGUCUCCGGGGGUACUGCAAGUGGCAAGUCGUCAGUAUGUGAGAAGAUCAUGGAGCUGCUGGGCCAGAACAAGAUCGACCACCACCAGCGGCAGGUGGCCAUCCUGAGCCAGGACAGCUUCUAUAAAGUGCUAACUCCAGAGCAGAAGGCAAAGGCACUAAAGGGCCAGUUCAACUUCGAUCAUCCAGAUGCCUUCGACAAUGAGCUGAUAAUGCAAACACUACGACUGAUCCUGCAAGGGAAGACUGUCCAGAUCCCAGUUUAUGACUUUGUCACUCAUUCCAGGAAAGAGGAGUUUAUCACAGUGUAUCCAGCUGAUGUGGUCCUGUUUGAGGGCAUUCUCAUGUUUUACUCCCAGGAAAUCAGAGACCUGUUUCAAAUGAAGUUAUUUGUCGACACUGAUCCAGACACAAGGCUGUCACGCAGAGUUCUCAGGGACAUCAGUGAACGUGGCAGAGAGCUGGAGCAGGUGCUGGCUCAAUAUAUCACUUUUGUAAAACCGGCCUUUGAGGAGUUCUGUUUACCGACAAAGAAGUAUGCAGAUGUGAUUAUUCCAAGAGGAGCAGAUAACAUGGUGGCCAUCAACUUGAUAGUUCAGCACAUCCAAGACAUUCUUAACGGCGGACUAAGCAAACGGCACAACGGCUUCACGAACGGCCACAGCACCCCACGUCAGAGGCGGACUUCAGAGUCCAGCAGCCGGCCUCAUUGACCCCAUCACACCUCUCUUCUCAGGGUGGAGAGGGGUGUGGCGGGGUCGUGCUGUAAAUAAUGCCUGUCAUUGGCAUCACUGUAUUUAAGAGAGAGAAAAAAGAUACAAAAGAAUUGAAAUGCCUUUUAUUAUAAUUAUGACUACUCUUGUCAUUAGUUACUUUAACUGUAAUUGUUGGGAUUUAGAUUUUUGUCUGGAGGGCAUAAAAGAGGCUCCUGUUCUUCUUGUGAUGAGACCAUGGGUUAAAAAUGGACCCCAUGCAUUUUCCUCCCAGAUUGCAUUUUGUUUUUUAUGUAUCCCCUGCUGCUUCAUGGAAAAAUUGUUGCCGCUAAUGAAUAAAAGAGGGGAAUCCUU